CCGUAGCUUCGUGUCCUUCAUCACCACCACCACGACAUCACCUUGCGUGCUCGCUUUCUUCUCCCGGCGCCCACAAUGACCACCGCGUCCACGCCUAUGCCGGGCAGCCCCAAGCACGACGAUGAGCCGUCCUACAUUGACUACGAAACCUUUCUCGCUCCCGACUUCGACCCCGCCCUCUUUGCAAACACCCUCGUGCUCUCGACCAACAACCCACAAGAUCUUCCCCUCGACCUGGCCACACCACUCUCCAAGGUCCUCUUUGAUGCGCAGGAAAUCGACUCCCAUAUAGACUCUCUUACUACCCGCUCGGCCGUGCCCCUUCUCGAAUUCACCCAGAAACAGACGUCCGCCAGCCAGCGCCUCAUCACCGAGCUCGAUGCCCAGAUUAGCAGCCUGAACGAAAGCUACAAGCAGCUCGAAAAAGAGGUUAUCCAUAAGCAUGAAAAGGCAGACGAGGUCCGUCAGGUCGCCCAGCGCCUCUGGCAGACCCUUGCCAUGGGCCGCUCCGUCAGUAGGUGUCUGCAGCUCGGCCGACAGCUUGAAAUUCAGCAUACAGAGUUGGGUAGCACGGCCGCAGUCAACGACCACACGGCGCUGAUUCGCUGCUCGUAUACUCUGCUCUCUCUGCGCGAGCUUUUGGAUAGUAAAGGUCCGGGAGAGGAGGGCCAUGGCUUGACCGAAGUCGAUGCCAUUCGCAGCCUGCAGGAGAUUGUGACGACGCCAAUUGAGCGAACUAUUCGCGAGACAUCGGACCGCUUUGUGCGCGAGUUUGCUGUCUCUGCCAAUAUGACGUUUACACAGGGCGAAGAGGCCCGUGGCAGGCUGACGUCGGCCAUUUCAGCGCUCUACCUUCUCUCGCCGACUUUUGGCAUCAAGCACGACAAGUGGUCGCCGCGGAUGCUCAUGCAGGCUCUUGAGAACUACAUGCGCACAACUUUACAGACAAGUGUAGUCACGCUGAGCAGGUCCCUCGGCCAACUGCCCACCUUGGAGAAAGCUCUUGCUGAGGUCACGGCCAAGUGCCAGAACAUUGUGGCUCUUGAGCUGCUUUUGUCGACAGUGAAGCCACCGGCUCAUCCUCUUCUUCCUGCAGCUGUCCAAAAUUCACACACGAGUCUUCUUCAGCCGUUUUUGAAUGUGCUGGAGACGGGCUCGUUGCCGUCGUACUUUUGGCGCAUGAUGGCUAGCAGCAUCUCAGCGCGCGUGCAGGACAUCAAUACUCGUGGUGGUGUCGUUGCUAGAACAUUAAAAACAAACAAGAACAAUGUCGGUGAAGCUAUUCGAGCAGCAGUUGCUGCUGGUUGCAAGGUCCCUGGUGCGUUGCUUGGACCCAAGACCAAGGCGCCAGAGGGCAACUGGGAGAGGGAGACGGCGGUCAUGGUGGGCAGUGUGGUGAACAAUCUACGAUAGAUUUUCCUUUUUCAAGUACUUUGGAGCAUUUAAAAGCGAGCAUUGGCAAUACAACUAAAGAGUAACUGAUAUUUCAUUCGCACUGUAAACACAUGGCGCU